AUGUCUCAACAACAGCCCACGAUCGUGCAACCUGUGCCGCGGCGCACUUUCGAACUGGCGCCGUCGAACGAUUCCUCCGAGCCUUCCACGCCUCAUCCGGAGCCCACGAAUCCAGAUCUACUGAGCACAAAGGAAAGCACAAAAGACGGGCUGGGAAGCCGUACUGGCUCGAUUCUCAACCUGACCUCGUCCACCUUGUACGGUAUCUACUCUCCAACCGCCUUCGACAACCCGCGCGGCGACGAUUCAACACCGUGGGGGACGGAGGUCCAGCCUUCUGGCGCUGAGAAGACGCAGUUGUCGCCGGUGUCAGAAGAAAAGCCAGCUUUGAGGAGAGGCUCCUCUGCUCGUCGCAGCCAUGGCUUUCGUGGAACAGUUCUCCCCUUUGUGCAGCGGAGCGUCCUCCUGUUCGGUUUCGGCGUUGCCUACGGCACCCUCGUCUCUCAUCUACACGAGAAUCAUUGGAUCACGCCGGUGAAGACGAAUAUCGAUUCGUCUUCAUGGGAGUACAUUGGUUUAUGGGGACUCGCCGGCGUGGCCCUGGGGAGUGUGCUGCCCUGGCUGGACGGGUUAUGGGGAGAUUUUCUGGGUGAAGCUGCGAAGCCAGCCAAACAGCCAGAUGCAGAGUCUCGCUUCUCACGCUGGAGUCCUGUCGUCCGCAGCAUUGGUGCCUUUGUUGGCAUUGCUUUCGCUACUCGCAGAUUGCCCUGGCAGAGUACAGCCCAAGCCUCUCUCACCCUCGCCCUCGUCAACCCGGUUCUGUGGUACCUUGUGGAUCGCUCCAAGCCUGGGUUUUUCCUGUCGACAGCAGUGGGCAUAAUCGGAAUGGGCGUCAUCCUGCAGGUCAGCCCAGAGGUGAUCCCAAUGCCAACCAAUCCACCCGCUCGGAUUACGAUCCCCAACGGUUCGGGGCAGAUAUACGGCCUCGAGCUGGGACUCUCCUGGGACAGCAUUGCGAUCGGCACGUGGGUGGCCAGUGUCCUGUUUUGCGCAUGCGUGUGCUUUGGAAACAUUGGACGUUUGCUGGCACCGAGCGGACCUGCAGCAAGCCGCUGA